AUUAGAAGCUAUAGUACUGCGGAUAAACGUUAUUCUUACAGCGCGUUUGACCGGACUGAAUGGAGAAAGAAAGGGAAAGAGAACGGGAUGAUGAGAAGGAGUUCGAUAGGUGGAAGAAAGAAUUCUCACAGAUCCCGGAGAUCAUUCUUAGAGAGUAUUGGGAGGCUUUCAAGCUCUUCGACAAAGAUGGGAACUAUUUAAUUAUCAAGGAGGAGCUUGCAACGGUAAUGCGGGGGCUUGGGCAAACCCCAACGGAGGAAGAGCUCAGCAUCAUGAUGACUGAGGUGGAUAAAGAUGGAAGCGGUUACGUGGACUUCGGCGAGUUCGUCGGCCUCAUGAGCAAGCAGCCUUCGCCUGCGGAUCCGGAGGAAGACUUGCGGAGGGCAUUCCGCAUGUUUGACCGCGACGGGAAUGGUCAGAUUAACGCGGCCGAGCUCAAGCACAUCAUGACCAAUAUCGGCGAAACUCUGACGGAGGAGCAGGUUGACGACAUGAUCCAGGAGGCGGACAUCGACCAGGACGGCAUGAUCAACUACGAGGAGUUCAUCCGCAUGAUGGCGACUAAGUGAACGGGGGAGCAUCCUGGAACGUCUCCUGGAAUGGGAAUAAACUUGUGAAAGCUGUGGUGGACAUUUGCGUGACGGAGGGUGCGAAUAAUUAACCUGUAUUUGGCUAUCGACAGGACCGUCUGUGUAUUAUAUUGCUGGAUGUUGAUGGGGCUUCAAUGGACUUCGCUACGCGAUUACAAUAUAUCUCAUGCGCUGGGUGCGUGGGAGAUACGUGUUGGCCAUGGGUGUUGGUGCUGUUGGUUUGCCUGAUCGAAAUUUUGCAGUGUCAUGCCCAUUGACGGUGGUCUCUCUCGUUGCCCAACAGUAGCCAUCGGCGCAAGGAAUGGUUGUGCCGAAGUCAUUUUUGGCAUGUAAGCCAGGCUAAACCACAACCAUAUAUGUUGGUCUCGCAAGAUCUCCAGACUUGGCAAUCUCACGUGACAGCCUCAACGCAAAUACGCAACCUCGUCAGGUCACCAUAACGCCCCCUUAGACGGUCAAUUUCAGAAGAGCGAGUCCGCGGCAUCGAAUGUAUAAUCUGCCAUUCACGCACUAUAUGUCAUAUGGAAAACAACUUCAGUUGAUGGAAAGCUAUAUCACCGGCGGUUGUUCCCGCUGCUGCCAUAUCGUGCACGUACAUCGUCUUCAUUCCCGCGGCGUUCUCGCGCCGCUGACUCCUUGAACACGUCCCGUGCAUCGCGGCC